AUGAUCUGGGCCACGGUGGUGCAAUUACCCAAACUGGGCGAGGCCUCCCCUGCCAGCAUCCCAGCGGGCUUGAACCCGAAUCUCGUGCACGUGGGCGGCGGCGCUGAGCUCGCCAUCUACGGCAACUUCUAUGGCCAAGAGGACAUCUGGUGUGGCUUCGAGGGUGUCAGGCAGCGCUCCCGCGCCACGCGUACUUCGAACCUGGAGAUUCGCUGCCAAGUCCCUCCACGCACCGUUGGCAUCAGCCGCGUGUAUCUCACAGCUCGCGAUGCCCGCGGUCUGCCCAGCGUGAUGUCCGCGAACGUCGGGAUGAUGCAGUUGGAGUACAUUGAGCCAGUUCAUCUCUUCGAUGUGGAGCCAAAGCAGGUGAUUGACGGGAAGAGCACCCGGCUCAAGGUUCACGGCUCAAACUUCCGCCCCGUCUCGGCCCUUCGCUGCGGCUUCGAAAGCCGCGUGCAGCGGCACAGCCUUCUCACCCACCGGAUUCCGGUGUGGACUUGGCUCGGGCACGUCCAGUGCAGCAAGCGCAUUGCGGGGAAUGCGAUCCGCACUUUUGUGAUGUUCUCUGCGGAUGCCCUGGAGCCCCUGGAUCGCGCCGAUCACUUCAUGUGCGCCUCCUACCAGAAGGAUGGUACCUGGGUGUAUCAUACCUUUGAUGUGAGCGGCGUGAUGGCCCAGCCCUUUCUACCACGCCUGGAGGAUGCGCUGGUGGCCGAGGUUGUCGGCAAGGACAUCUUCUCCUUGGAAAGGUACACCGGCAACUUUGCGGGAGUGCACAUUGGAUAUGACAGGGGCGACCUGGAGUUCCAGCCAGAUAUUGACAACCUGACGCAGUGGAUGUUGGACCGCAACCUCGAGUUGCCACAGGCGAUCCCGAGGCGCACCACCACUGCUCCAACCACCGCCACAACAUCAACAGAGCCUCCAAGUGAGAACGAGAGCAAUGUGACCACAACAAGUAUGCUGGAGCCAGAAGUGGACGAAGAGGAUGACGUGGAGAACGACACGAAUGAGAGCAUUUCGAACGACAGCGUGAAUGCCGCUGUGACCAUGAGGACUACCGUGCAGCGAUCCAGCACCAGUACUUUCUUAUCACCAACGACCACCUCCACCCUACCGGAGAUCUCUGAUGCAGAUCAGGACAAUGCGUCCGACGACAGCGAGAUGUACAAUGAGUCCGACAACACCACGACCUCAACCCAGACCACGACGAGCAGCAGCACCACCAGCACCACAACAUCCUCAACAAGCACCAGCAGCACAAGCUCAACCACAAGCACCAGCUCGACUUCCACAACAUCAUCUUCCACCUCGACCUCCUCAAGCUCCACAUCCACCUCAACCUCGACAUCGUCUUCAUCCACUACCUCCUCUACCAGUUCCACGACCUCCUCCACCUCCAGCACCACCAUCACCAGCACCACUACCAGCUCCUCCACCACGUCCACAUUCACCACGACGGACGCCAACUUCACGUCGAACUACACGGAGGAGAACGAGACUCUUGAGGAGGUGAUUCCGGACAUCAUCAAUGUCUGGGUAUCUGGGGGCGACUUCUUCGUGAAGAGGGAAGUGGGUUGGGAGACAAACUUUGCUACAACGGAGCCUGAGUAUCUCUCCCGGCACCUGAUACUGUGCCCGACCCCAGAUGGUCUGUCCUGGCUGCGGAAGGGAGAGGACAAUGUGAAGUUGCGCGUGACCCUGAAUGGCCAGGAGUGGUCGGAGUCUUCACUGGGUCUGGAAGUCUUAGAAAGAGAAGACGAGCCCGCAAUGAGGGAGGAUCCUGUCCUGCAACCGGACAUCCCACGGCUGGAAGUGCAGGGAAACCUCUCCUACGACCCUGCGUUGCGAUUCCGGCUGGCUCAGGUGACCCCAGUGGUGGGCCCCUCCUCAGGAGGCACCAACCUGACUCUGACCAUCACAACGUGGCCGCGCCUUCUUGCAGACUUCACCUUCGAUUGUGUCAUUGGCUUGCAGAGGGUCCCGGCUACCUUGUUGCAGAUCCAGUCGUCCCCAGACUUCCGCAGCUACACCCUGGGAUGCAGGGUGCCCAUCGCCAUGAACAUCCCCAGGUUGACGGCAGCCGGCUGUGCCUGCAAGAAAGUCUGGUUUACACCCUCCGGGCAGACGUGCGACAGCUUCUGUGGCGGCCCAAGCUCGGAGUGCAGUGCGGUUUGGGGUUUAGGGUUUAGGGUUUAG